AGCUUAUUAGCUUCCCAUCCAGUUCAGCUCAAAAUCAAAUUAAAUGGCAAAUCUCGCCGUCUUUCUGAGCUUGCUGGUAGCUCUCACUUUCUGCGGCCUCGCCAUGGCAUUCGAGCCUAGCCCACUGCAAGACUUCUGCGUUGCAGAUCCUAGUAGCUCCGCCAAGGUUAACGGCUUUGCAUGCAAGGAUCCCAAGAUGGUUGAAGCCAGUGACUUUUUCUUCAGCGGGCUGCAUUUACCUGGCAACACAUCAAAUCCCAAUGGCUCCAAAGUCACCGCCGUGAACGUGGCUCAAAUCCCGGGGCUCAACACUCUCGGCGUUUCACUGGUGCGCAUUGACUACGAGCCAUGGGGACAAAACCCUCCCCACACUCACCCCAGAGCCACAGAAAUCAUCGUGGUUCUACAAGGAGUUCUUGAAGUUGGGUUCGUCACCUCCAACCCCGACAACCGUCUCAUCUCUAAGGUUCUCAAGGCCGGCGACGUUUUCGUGUUUCCGGUGGGGCUUGUCCAUUUUCAGCGCAAUGUUGGGUACACAAAGGCGGUGGCUUUUGCUGGAUUGAGCAGUCAGAACCCUGGUGUGAUCACCAUCGCCAACGCCGUAUUCGGGUCGGAGCCGCCAAUUAGUGGUGAUAUCCUUGCAAAGGCUUUCCAAGUGGACAAGAAUACAGUUUCAAACAUCCAGUCCAAAUUCUAAAAUAAAAUACAUCAAAUCAAAAGGCUUUAAUUAUUUGUGUUGUGGUCUUCUUAAUUGAGUCUGUUUGAAAUUAAUUUUAUUGUGAUUAUUUUGCUUUCAUUUUUAUUAUUAUUUUUGUGUUAAAAUUAAUUUGUUUCUGCAUUUAGUUUGUAUGUGUUCGAAAUCAAUAUCCUCGUGGAAAUUAGAUUUCUAAGGUUUCUAGAUCACUUAAUGAGGAACUACUUAGCUUCUGGUUAUUA